CGAACCCUGAAAAGCUGCGAGCGCGGUAGCUGAGAGAAAGAGAGCGCGCGCUACCCGGAGCAGGCUGCACUUCUCCCACUCCGCCUGACAUUCGGGGAAGAGCGAGCGACACCGGAGACGUUCAUUGACAUAAAAGUGAAGGCGCUCUCUCGGUGAAAAAAGGAGGCGAGAUCGGGCAGGGAAACGAGAUCUACAGUUCUUCCUUCUCUCCCUUCCGACUUCCUUGCGCGUUAGGAUCUGCGAUUCAUUCUUCUGUUCGCCCAUUAUUUAUUCCCCUUCCCUUGAUCUGCUGAGAAAUUUCUUCGCUAAAGAACUUGGAUUUUCCCCUCUUCGGUGAAAAAAAAAAAGGGAAGGAUUCCCCCCCCCCCCCCCCGUUUUUAAAGCCAAGAAGAAGGGGCCCGAAUCGCACCGGGCUGAAUGAAGAGCUUUUCCUAAAGCCGCUGUUAGCAAACCAAACCAUCCAACUUCAGCUGGAAAAGAGCGAGUCAUAGCAGCUGUUAAGAUCCGAGACCUGGGAAAGGAAAACAAAUGCACUGAAAGUUUUGGCAAACUUUUCUUCUUCGUCUCGUUUUUUUUGUUUUGUUUUUUUUCGGUGCUUGUGUGGUGGUGAGCGAGCGCGCUCGCGUGCGGUGCCUUCCUUGCCACAGAGGGCUGGAGUGUGCGUGGAGAGGGGAGGAAAAUCUGUUACUAUUCGCUGUACUGCUGGAAUUGUUCUGGAGGAGCGCCGGAUCGGAACCGAGCUGAGCCCAGGACCUUGAGCGCGCGGCACACCGAGGGGAAACUGCGUCUCCGGGGCCUUGGGAGCCGCGCUUAUGGACGGGUGAAACCAGAGUCUAAAUUCUCCCCCCUCCCCCUUCAACCCCUCAGCUUGAUCAGAGCGGCCGCCGGGAAAAGAAGAGGGCUAGAGAACCCGACCGAGCCAAUCCACCCUCGCUUCUGGAAUCAUGAACUUUCUGCUCACUUGGAUCCAUUGGGGGUUGGCGGCGCUGCUUUAUUUCCACAACGCCAAGGUAUUGCAGGCUGCUCCUGCCCAAGGGGAUGGAGACAGGCAACAAGGUGAAGUCAUCACAUUUCUGAAGGUCUUUGAGCGCAGUGCCUGCAGGUCGAUUGAGACCAUGGUGGAUAUUUUCCAGGAGUACCCUGACGAGGUGGAAUACAUCUUCAGACCAUCCUGCGUGCCCCUGAUGAGAUGCGCAGGAUGCUGUAACGAUGAAGCACUAGAAUGUGUGCCCACUGAGGUGUACAAUGUCACCAUGGAGGUCAUGAAACUCAAACACUUUCAGAGCCAGCACAUAAAUAGGAAGAGCUUCCAGCAGCACAGUAAAUGUGAAUGCAGACAAAAGAAAGAAGUCAGAAUUAGACAAGAAAAAAAAUCAAAGCGAGGAAAGGGGAAGGGUCAAAAAAGAAAGCGCAAGAGAGGCCGGUAUAAACCACAGAAUUUUCACUGUGAACCUUGCUCAGAAAGGAGAAAGCACUUGUUCAAACAAGAUCCCCUGACCUGUAAAUGUUCCUGCAAAUUCACAGACUCACGUUGCAAGUCGAAGCAGCUUGAGUUAAACGAGCGCACUUGCAGAUGUGAAAAACCGAGGCGGUGAGCAGCAGAGAAGAAAGAGAGUGCGGGAGCAGCCUUGGUUCUGGAUCCUGACAUCUCGCCUGGUCAGAAACAGAAAACAAACCCUAAUCCAAACGAACACUAAAAUGAAGGAUCAGCAGUGCACAGCACUUUUGGGUACGGACAAUGGACUCUGGAAGGAACAUUCCCUGAGGACCCGUGCAGGAUUCACCUUUUGCUUUCGAACUGGUUUUACAGAAAAACUUUCCUUCUCAUGCUGCUAAGAUAUAGAGCCAGGGAGAGUGGAGUGGUAUAUGUUUUGGGACUCCCAUUUCACAUGAAGUAUAUGUAUAUGUAUAUGAAUAUGUAUGUGCAUAUGUAUAUAUACUGAAUUUUUAAAACAUUGCUAACAUUA